AUGUCUUUACCAAAAUUUGAGCUGUUAUCUCUGGCUGACAAUUCGUCUGGAUGGGGACCGCUGUCGAGUUCUGCUUUCGAAGAGCCCGUGCCAUUCCAGCAAUUCAACAAGGCUGAUCGCAUUGGACGUGUUGCUGACUGGAUUGGAGUGGACCGUUUCUAUCGCAGAGGAAAUGAAAGGUAUUCAGAUGGUUCUAUCAAAAUCUCCUACUAUCCGGGUUGCAGAUACAACGAGCGUGUUUACGGAUCGGCUGCCAAUGCCGGAAGUCAGUUCGACUACAUUCAUGGAAUGGACGAACAUAACUUCCAGCUUGUUGAUACAUCGAAACCUAUGGCUCGCAACCCUCAGCGCAACUUCCGCGUUCGUCAAAUGCACCUGCGUAAGCUCAUGCAGAAGGAAGCUGAAAAGCGCGAGAUGGCCAAUCAAUCGACUAAUAUGCGCAUGAAGAGAAGCAUUGCCAAAGAGCAGCAGCGUGCUUUCAAGAUGUGGCAGCGACGCGGGGGAAACGCUAGACAAGGACAACGUGGUCAAGGCGGUCGAUUUGGCGGAGACCGGCCGAAGGAACGUCUUCCUUCAGUCCAAGUCCGUCCGGAGUGGGGAGUUCUCGAGGAGAUGAACCUGAAUGCGUUCUCUAAACUUGCUCUCCCGAACAUCCCAGGAGGCGAUGAUAUCGGAGAUCAUCAGUAUGGAACUCUCCAGUUCUACGACAAGACGACCGACCGAGUGUCCGUGAAGAACUCGAUUCCACUGCAGAGAUGCGCUGGAGUCUACUACAAUUUGACAACUACUGAUGAUCCUGUGAUCGAAGAGCUUGCUCAGAGCGGAAUUGGAAAUGUGUUCGGAACGGACAUUAUCCUCGCUACGCUGAUGACUGCGCCGCGAUCCGUUUAUUCGUGGGAUAUCGUUGCCUACAGAGUCGGAGACAAGCUGUUCUUCGACAAAAGAAACACGAGAGACAUUCUGAACCCAGUGGAGACACUCACCGUCUCUGAGACGAGUGCCGAGCCUCCAUCAUUCGACGGAAACGGUAUCAACAAUGCGAAGGAUCUGGCGACCGAAGCAUUUUACAUCAACCAAAACUUCCGUCGACAGGUUGUCAAGAGGAACGAAGAUGGAUAUAAACUGAAGAAUGCUCGUUCGCCUUUUGAAGAAGAAGAGGCUGGAGAAUCAGGAACUGCUUACAAGUAAGUUAAUUAUCUCUCUUCUUCCCACAAGUUCAAGUUUCCAGAUAUCGCAAGUGGAACCUCGGCAACGGUGUCGACGGAAAGCCAGUCGAAUUAGUCUGCCGUACCGAACUGGAUGGAGUUAUUCUUGGCCCAAGCAACGACCUGCAGACGUUGACGAUCAAGGCGUUCAACGAGUGGGACAGCUCGCAGGCCGGAGGAGUUGAUUGGAGAACAAAGCUCGAUGUACAGAAGGGAGCCGUCAUGGCCACGGAAAUCAAGAAUAACUCCGCAAAAGUGGCUAAGUGGACACUGCAGGCACUUCUGGCGGGCACGGACACUAUGAAGAUCGGAUAUGUGUCUCGCAACAAUGCCCGAAGCACUCAGAAUCACUCGAUCUUAUUGACGCAGUACGUGAAACCGACUGAGUUUGCUAGUAACAUUGCUCUGAAUAUGGACAACUGCUGGGGAAUUCUCAGAUGCGUCAUUGACAGGUAAACAACGUUUAUUAUUCGCUAAAAGUCUGCAAUGAGUUUGUUUUCCAGUUGCAUGAAGCAGAAGCCAGGAAAGUACUUGCUUAUGAAGGAUCCCCAGUCGCCAGUGAUCCGUCUCUACUCGCUGCCAGAGGGAACGUUCGAAAGUGAACGCGAAAGUUCCGAGGAGGAAAAUUCUGAUGACGAUCAGUAGAAUGCAGAUGCUAAAAGCACUGUCGUCUGACGAGAUUUCCGCCGUAUUCAUAACGUUUAUUCGGUUAAUCUAACUUGUUUUCAAUAAAUUUUUUUAAAAUUUCAACUAAGGCAAGAAGACUGGAAGAUCACUGACGCCUAUCCGGCACAAGGUUGUCGGCAGGAGGUUGCAGAAGUUGUCGGUUGUGCUGUGUGUCCACGUUAACGGCCAAAAAGGUAGAAUGUUUUAUCACCAUUUUGGCGCGAAAUUCGAACCCCAUUUUUCAUGUUUUCCGUCAAAAAUUAUCCAAAUUUUGUAAGAUUUCGACGAUGUAAUUGCAUAACUUUGCUAAACUAAUCGUCGCGCACUUUUUGAGCUUAAAACGAGCAGGUUUCAUACAGAAGUGAAUCAAUUGCAUCGCUUUUAAGUUUUGUGCUGAAAAUGCGCGAAUUUCAGUCAUUCGCUGAUACUUUUUGCCGUUUGAACGCUUAAUAUACUUGUAUUAACGUGCUUAAUCUCUUCCGACACUUACUUCGUCUCAAAACUAUCUAGAUCGGCCGGUAUGAAAAUUCCAAAAUUGCGGCGGCGAUUGGCCGCGGAGGGCGUAUUGCGAAAUAAGCCAAAAACGUCUCAAACGCGGCGUUUUCACGAAAACAAAAAUUUCGCAAAACAAGCGGUGUUUCGUUUUCUCCGAUUGAAUCGCAAACUCGCCCCGGUCCCGCUAAAAUGACAUGUUUCCCCAUUCAGACCCGGCGGUGAGCACGAAAUUCCCGGAGGACUACCUGGAACGCGUGAAGACGGUGCACUCGAAGGGCGGCUACGGAUCGGCCGGCUACAACUACGACUGGAAACUCGAGGAGGCGCAGAAGAACGUGCUGCGGACGCACACGACCGCCGUCUCCGCCCGCCAGCUCUAUCAGUUGGCGCAGGAGGUAACGAAUUUUACAGAAAAAAAAAUGAACGAAAUUGUAGUAUUUCCAAUCGAAAGACACCUGGAAAUUUCCAGCCCUUUCCCGUUCCGUUCAUUUCCUCCCGCGCGCGCCCUCAAGUCUAG